AUGGCCUGGCAACGGCUCCUUCGCUUCCACCCAAGAUCCGACCGAAGCAAAACCUUGAUCGGCCAACCAUUCGAUGCUGAGCGAGAUAUAGGGCUAGCUGUAUCAAAGAAUGAGGUCGUGCAAGUAAGAAUCUGGAGCGGGUCGUCAGUGCUUUCUCCGGGCCAAGAGACUACUGAAGAAGCUGUUGUUGGGCAAUUGCUUAGUCCCUUAGCACAAGAGGAGGUUGGCACGAUUCGCUGCAUUGGUCUCAACUAUAAGCAACACGCAGAGGAAGCCGGAAUGACCAUUCCAACCGUGCCUACAGUCUUCAUGAAGCCAUCUACCGCUCUCUCCAAUCCUUACCCAACCCAGCUCACGACCCUCCCACACGAAACUCAGAGCACCAUGACGGGCGAUUACGAGUCUGAACUCACAAUCAUAAUCUCCAAAUCAUGUAAAAAUGUGUCGGAGGCAGAUGCUAUGAAUUACGUCCUCGGAUACACGGCCGCCAAUGAUGUGUCUAGUCGCAGUGCGCAAUUUGCUACAACACAAUGGAGUUACUCGAAAGGAUUUGAUGAGAGUUGCCCAAUUGGCCCUGUAGUGGUCAGUAAAGAUCUAGUUCCCGAUCCAGCGAAGUUACAUUUGAGGGGACUACAUAAUGGUAAAGUUGUGCAAGACUGUGGUAUCAAUGACCUCAUUUUUUCGAUCCCCAAGCUUGUCUCGUUCUUAUCUCAGGGGACCACGCUUCCAGCUGGGACUAUCGUCAUUACCGGUACUCCGGCUGGCGUCGGAGCAAUGCGGAGUCCGAAGAUAACGCUGAAGCAUGGCGACGAGUUUGGUGUUGAGAUCCUGCCCUAUAUUGGGACGCUUGUAAACAAGUUUGUUAAUGAGGUAUAA